AGUGAUUAAUUACUAAAAUGGCAUACAAAUGACAAUAUUUUUAACUGCGUGAUUUGCCAUUUACAAAUAAUACACGAUGUCGAAGAAUAUGUUUGAAAACUAAAUCGUGUAUUUUCUAGAACCUUUUUCACGCUACAAAAUUUAGAUAGAAAGUUUUUCAAAAAGUUCAGUUUAGUCAUUGUUGGUGACAGAAGUUAAUACGAAUAUAGAAACAAAAAAACUUCUUAUAAUGGAAUAAGAACUUCAAUAACGAAUUCUAAAUAGUAAAAACUCUUGUUCAGGCAUUAAUAUAGGUUAUGGUGUGGAGUCUAUUCCUGAGUCAAGAAAUACGGACUGCUUCUAAUGGUAAAACUCAGAAAAUAAUGGUAGGAAUUCGGCAGCAAGAAUUCGGUGACCAGUUACAACCAGAACUAGAAAACUUCGAUCAUUAGAUUUCUGCUUCCAAGUUUGUAACAUUCUCCGAGUUUUCCGACCAGAAAUUCAAGUAUCUGAACGUCUGAAUUAUCGAUUUGGAUUCUAAAAUUCUUAGAUUCUUCGUCAUAACGUUAGAGUGUUAUUCACUAAUUACAUUGCAAUUAAUUAGUUAAUUAAUUUUAAUUAGGUAUGAGCUUAUAUUUUUACCUAUAUUCAUGGGAAGAGAACUUGUUCAAAAAAAUGAACUCUAAAAAGAAUUGAAGAUGAUCAUGUCCUGUAUUUGCAGAUGUUGCCCGUAUAAUAUAUAUUAAGAAUCAAUAUAAACAAUUUCAUUAUUUUAGAGUCAUCAUAUUCGUGUUGCUGCUUUAACAGCAUUAUGUUCUGUUAUUGAAAGACUUCGUUCAUCUGAUGAAUUAGAUGAUGGACAAGGAAAAAUGCGUGAUGAUCUUUUAGGAAAAUUACGUGAUCAUAUACGUGAUGAACCAGCAUUUAUUCGUCAACAUUGUUUAGAAUUAUGGACAUCACUUGUAAUACAAAAAAAAGUUCCUGUUAAACAAUAUAUUCGAGUAUUUGAACUCGGACUUGAUCGAUUAAGAGAUAAAGCUUGUAGAGUUCGAAAACAUGCAGUAACACUUGUUAUGCAUAUGGUUCUUAAUAAUCCGUAUUUAUUUUCAUUUUAUUUUAUUUUUUAA